AUGUUCAUCGCUGUGUCAGGAACACUUGCCUCGGGUAAGUCUGAGGUUGUCAGAUACUUGACGUUUCAAGGGUUCACACUCGUUUCUAUAGAGAGCCAGGGCGACCAGAACGGUGCCUCGAAACCCAAUGAGAAUGGUACUGGUGCUCUUAAUGGGAACGGUACACAUCACAAGGGACCCAGUGCGUUGGACCAGCAGAUAUUUCCCUCAUUCGACGCUCUUUUGAAUCAUGUUACCGAGAACUGGCGUUCAAACUAUGUCCUUUCCCAUAUAGAUCAUCUGGAAACGCUUAAGGCGCUCCAGAAGAGGCCAUUCUUCCUCCACCUUUCGAUAGACGCCCCAUUAACCUUACGUUUCCAGAGACACCAGUUGAAAAACGGCGAGAAAGCUUUGAGCCGAAGUGAGUUCAUCGAACAGUCCGACGAUCUCUUGUUUAACGCUGCAAACCCACUCCUCGAAAUCAAUAAUCAAGCACACAUCAAAAUCAUCAAUACGUCAACUUCGCUUAAGGAUCUUUAUGUGAAACUAAGUGAACUUGAUCUACUUAAUCAAGAACGACUUCGGCCUACGUGGGAUUCUUACUUUAUGCGUUUAGCCGACUUGGCUGCGUUAAGAUCAAAUUGCAUGAAACGUCGUGUUGGCUGCGUCAUAGUGAAGGAUAAUAGAGUGGUGGCAACAGGUUACAACGGUACUCCACGUAACUUGACCAACUGUAACGAAGGAGGAUCGGAGCAGCCUUAUCUACAUGCUUAUGUUUACACGCGGAAGAAAAUGCAUUACUUGAAGCUGGAAGAGACCGUAUAG